AUGAUGAGCUCAACGCAGGACACGCAGGACACAGGAGCUAUCCGUCCCGAUGAUGCGACAGACCUCGAUUCGGCGUUGGGCAACGAUGACCAGUCUGUUCUGACGGAGACGUUGAGGUCGAGUUUACUGGAGAGCGUGAGGGAGCACGGCCGAGGGUAUCACAGGUACAGCUCCACGGCUGGGCCGCAAUAUCCCCUGCCCGAGGAUGAAGUGGAGCAGGCCAGGCUGGAUCUCCAGCAUGAAAUGAUCAACCGGACUUUUGCAGGAAAGCUGUACUUAUCACCCAUCCAGAAAGAGAUCCACGAGGUAUUGGACCUGGGAACUGGAACGGGCAUCUGGGCAAUCGAGAUGGCCGACGCGAAUCCCCAAGCGAGAGUUCUUGGGAUAGACUUGAGCCCGAUUCAACCAUUAUACGUUCCGCCGAACCUUAAAUUUGAAAUCGACGACUUCAACAAGGACUGGACCUACGCGCAAAAGUUCGAUUUCAUUCAUGCUCGGGCGCUAGUGGGCUCAAGUAACGACUUUCCCCGUCUGAUCAAGCAAGCGUACGACGGCUUGACGCCCGAUGGCUAUCUGGAGAUGACGGAUGUGCAAAUGCCAUUUUUGUCGGAUGAUGGUACCAUGGAGGGGACUGCUUUGGAGACCUGGAGCAACAGACAGGUUGAAGCGUGUGGUAAACUUGGCAUUGAUACCAGGGCACCUUCGAAGUAUAAGCAGAUGAUGAUCGAUGCCGGAUUUGAAGAUGUGCAAGAACACAAGUUCAAAUGGCCGGUUGGCACUUGGCCGAAGGACAAGUUCUUCAAAGACUUGGGAAAACUGUGCAUGAUCAACUUCCUCACCGGUCUGGAGGGCUUUACACUGCGACUUUGGACGGGGGUGCUCGGGAUGACUCUCGGAGGAGUGCAAGUUUUUCUCGUGGAUGUGAGAAAAGACGUUCAGAGCCAUAGGAUUCACUCAUACUGGCCAGUGUAUUCGGUGUAUGGACGGAAACCCAACAAACCGCCUGCAAUUUAG